AUGCCUGGUGAGACAAUUACAUUACAAGUGGGUCAAUGUGGUAAUCAAGUAGGAUUACAAUACUGGCAACAAUUGGCAACAGAGCACGGCAUACAAUCUGAUGGAUCAUCAACACCCUAUCCUAAGGACAUCAAUGAUUUACAACUACAAGAACUUAACAAUUCCGGGUCAUCACCUCAACUGUAUCCACAACAAACCAAACCCAAUGGGAAAUAUCGUAAUGAUCAUCCAGAACUUUUUUUCACUCUUUCAGAUUCUAAUACAUAUACCCCAAGAUCUAUUUUGAUAGAUAUGGAACCAUCAGUCAUUGCAAAAAGUACAUCUGCUUUACCCAUGUUUAAUCCUCGUAAUGUUCAUUUGAGUAAUCAGGGGAAUGGUGCUGCAAAUAAUUGGAUAAAUGGAUAUAAAUAUGGUACAGAGGAAGAAGAAACUUUACUUAAUUUAAUUGAUCGAGAAGUCGAUAAAUGUGAUAAUUUAUCAAAUUUCCAAUUAUUUCAUAGUGUUGCCGGGGGCACAGGGUCUGGAGUGGGGUCAAAAAUGUUAGAAGUGAUAAGUGAUAGAUAUGGUCAUAAGAAAUUAUUAAAUACAUUUUCAAUAUUCCCAUCAAAUGAAGAUACAUCAGAUGUUGUUGUACAACCUUAUAAUACUAUUUUAACAUUGAAACGAUUAAUUGACUAUAGUGAUGCAACUUUUGUCUUCCAUAAUGAUUCAUUGAAUAGAAUUGAAAAUAUAUUAUUUAACAACAAUAGCAAUAUCCAACAUGACGAUAAUGACUUGUUUUUAGGAGCAAAUAAAUUGAUUGCCUUAGUUUCUGCAUCGGUGUCAAACCCUUUAAGAUUUCCUGGGUAUAUGUAUAGUUCAAUGGAAUCGAUUGUUUCAAAUUUAAUACCGACCCCAGAUUUGAAAUUCUUGACAAGUUCAAUAGCUCCGUUCAGUACUCAAAAACACAACUAUUUGAACGAAUACGAUAUGUUAUUGGAAUUGUCGAAUGAUCGAUAUAAAACUAAUCGUGUUGGCGGUGAUACUUCCUACAUUAGUAUGUUAAAUUAUCUUAUUGGAUACAAUUUAGAUCAACGUGAGAUCCGUAAGGGGAUAUUGAAAUCACAACAAAGAAUCUCAUUUGUGCCCUGGGUAGCUCGAUCCGUAUUAGUUGUUCAUGGGAAAAAAUCUCCGUAUUUGAAGAAUACUAAUUUGGAAGGAAUUCAAGUAACAAACAAUACUUCAAUGAUAGAUGUUUUCACGAAAAUUCUAAAACAAUUUGAUUUAUUAAUUAAAAGAAAAGCUUAUCUUAAUAGAUAUUAUAGUAGUGUGGAAGAAGAAAAUGAAGUAAUGGAGAUGUUUAAUGAAUCUCGUGAAAGUGUCAAAUCGAUAAUAGAUGAAUACAAAGCUUGUAAAGAGAUAACCUAUUUAGAUGAUGAUGAUGAGGAUGAUCUAGAAGAUGGUGGUGGUAAUGGUAAUGGUUAUAACAAUAUAGAUGAUGCAGAUAUGGGUAUAUAA